UCAAAGGUCAAUGAAUCAAGUGGAACAGCACACGUUAAAAAGCAAAUUGUGCGACCUAAGACAGCAAUCAGACGUGGACAAGGUUCAUCUCAGAUUGAUAAGGGUGUUAUAAGAAAAAGCCCAGUACAAGUCCGGGAAAAGACUCCUCAGCAAGGACUGGGCCAGAAGCCUGAAUGUUUAUCUCAGGAAGAAAAUGACAGUGAUACCAUGUUUGAAGAAUCUGAAGAAAGAAUCAUCAGAGGUACUGAAUACUGAAGAUCCAGAGUCUCAUCUGUGGAAUGGAAGGCAGAGGGGACCACCUGAUGAGGAUGAAGAUGAUGAACACACCAGCUCUGAAAUUUAUGGUACAACUUCCAACAAGAGAAUAUCAAACAGAAGAGUACAGGAGCUGCAGUCAAGGAGCAAAAGUAGCUCCAGUAGUCAAGGAACAGAAGAGCAGUCCUCUCCAACACACUCCAAUAUUACAAGUGAUUCUGAAGGAGUUGUGGCUGUGCUUCCUAAAGCUAAGAAGACCAAGCAAUCAAAAGUUUAUGUUGAAGUAUGCAGUCUGACUCUUCACAGCGAUUCAAGUAUAUCACAGGAUCCAACAGUUGAACUCCUCUUUGUUGACUAUCACGGUUUCCUUGGCCUUCCGCCAGACCAGCUCGAGACUCCUCACUCCCUCCCUAAGCCUCCUCCAGGAUGUGUGAUCAACUUUAAUUUUGGGCAAGAAUUUAGUAUUGAUGAGAAAAUGUAUCCAUCUCGACUGAAUCUCUGAAUUUACUUAAU